AUGGUUCAUUAUAACAGACACCGUCGUCCAUCCGUUAAUCCAAAAGAGCCGACAAAAAUCAAAUUGAAAUUGCGACUCUCACAAAUCAUCGAUGUUGCCGAGCUUGCUCAAGUGAUGACGUGUAGUGUUUGGUUAAAACAGGUUUGGAUCGAUAAAAAGCUCUCGUGGGAUCCGCGGAAUUAUGGCGGUGUCUCGGUGUUGUAUGUGCCGUAUGAGAUGAUCUGGGUGCCCGAUAUUGUUCUCUAUAAUAAUGCCGAGAGCUACUACAACAUCACCAUCUCGACGAAGGCCACUCUUCACUAUUCGGGAGAGGUGACUUGGGAGCCGCCGGCUAUUCUCAAAUCUCUUUGUCAAAUCGAUGUUCAAUGGUUUCCUUUUGACGAGCAAAAAUGCAAUCUCAAAUUCGGCUCUUGGACCUAUGACGACAAUUUGUUGCAAUUGGAAUUGUUCGAAAACGACGUUCAUCACGAAAAGGAGAAAAACGAGUUGGGUGUGAUGGACGACGUGACGAUUGCUGUGGACGGAAUUGAUCUCUCUGAUUACUAUCCAUCCGUCGAAUGGGAUAUUAUGUCAAGAGUGGCAAAGAGCAGAAGCAAGAAUUAUCCAAGUUGUUGUCCCGGAUCGGCUUUUAUGGAUAUCAUUUAUUACUUGGUGCUACGACGAAAACCCCUUUUCUAUACGGUGAAUCUUGUGUUUCCAUGUGUCGGCAUCUCCUUUCUCACCAUUCUCGUUUUCUAUCUUCCUCCAGAUUCCGGUGAAAAGGUAACGCUGUGUAUCUCCAUUCUCGCCGCAUUGACUUUCUUCUUUUUGCUAUUGACCGAAAUCAUCCCAGCCACAUCAAUCACCCUUCCAUUGAUCGGCAAAUAUCUUCUAUUCACAAUGGUGAUGGUCACGCUCUCCGUUGUGGUCACUGUCAUUUCGCUGAAUCUUCACUUCCGAACCCCAAUCACGCACAUUAUGCCGAAUUGGGUGAAAGUCGUCUUUCUAAACUGGUUACCAAAGAUGCUUUUCAUGCGUCGCCCGGCUGGAAUCGAAAAAGGCUCGAAAAAAGGACGAAUUUUGUCGAGUUCCACAACAUUGGACGGGAAAAUCCCACUGAACUUUCACGAGCAUCGCGUCAAAGAGUCGGUUGGAUUCGGACGAGCGCUAGGAAAUUCGGCAAUUGAUGAGCGCAUUCAGAAGCUCUACUUUUCGCCACAGAUAGUCAGAUCUUUCGACAAUAUUUGCUUUAUUGCCGAGUUAUUGAAGAAAAAAGAUCGAAAUGACAAGAUCGAGGAAGAUUGGAAAUAUGUGGCAAUGGUGUUGGAUCGUUUGUUUUUGUUGAUAUUCGCGACAGCGUGCUUUGUUGGCACUCUAUACAUUUUGUUUCAGGCGCCAACUCUUUUCGAUGACGCCAAAGCGAUCACCAGAGACACCGAGACGAUGAAACGAGCGAAUAUCGUCAAGAAU